AUCAUGUGAUCCCUUUGCAUAUCAAGGUCGCCAUUUUGCAGGAAAGUUUGGGAAUUUCGGACACUAGAAAAAAAGAGGAAGUGUUGCGCCGAAGAAGUUUGGAUUACGGACGGAUCCAGGAUUUCAGUCAGGAGGGAACGGGACAGAUGUUCGGAGAGUCUGCGAAACAACUUUACUUCCUCUUCAACAGGGACUAUUAGUUCCAACACUUCUUCCAUUGCAACACAUCGGAAGGAUUUGUUUCUCCAAAUCUUUAAAAUGCACACCGCGAUUCUGUGAUUUGCCUCAUUCAUUCGUCUGCGGAAAGUUUGUGAAAGUGCAGAGUUGUUUGAAAGUGCCUUAAAAUGUCCUGCUCCAUCUGACCUGUUAUGAAUGAAGAGAUCGUUUACAGUUUUAUCAGACUGUCGGAUUGUUGAUAUUGAGCUUUUACUCUCACAUGUCAGAUUGACCCGGUCAGUGAUCACCGGUGAUUUUGGGUCACUGCGUAAUCAAAGCGACUCGACCGAAAGUGAAAGUGAUCAGUCAUUCAUCCCAAUGCUUUACGGCAGGCGCUUUAUUUAGUUUAUAGUUUUAAUCUUUAAAUCUUCAUCAUGCCUGUGAGACAGAAAGAUGCUCAGCGGGCACUGCAGCUUCUGGAGGAAUACCAAACUAAACUAAGUCAGACUGGAGAUCCUCAUCUCAGACUGUCAAUCGAGAGGGUCAUAAACAUAUUUAGGAGUACACUCUUCCAGGCUCUUGUAGACAUCCAAGAAUAUUAUGAAGUGAGUCUCCAGGAUACUGAGGAUAAGCCCGUAGAGGAUUCAAGCCUUAAAAGCAGAGAGUCAUUUCCUCCUGUUAAUGAAUGGAAUCUCAGUGUCCCUCCCAGCACUACUGGACCAACAGAACCAGUGCCCAUCAAUCUUCCUCAAACAGAAGAGAAAUAUAGAUACCAGGAUGAGGACACUACGUCACCUCCCGAACACAGCUCUCCACACGUCCCAGGAGACGCACGUCCUCCUGAGUUGGUGCAGGUGUCGGAGAAGAACAUCUCCCAGAUUGAGAAUGUACACGGCUAUGUUUCCCAUUCACACAUUUCUCCAAUGAAGGUAGAGUCUCUGGAGUGUGUUUUUGACGGCCCGUCGACAUUAGGAGGUGAGGAGGUUCCAGCCCCCGCCUUUGCCACACUUUACUCGCAAAGUGACAUACUGAUUCAGCAGGCAGAUGUCAUUCCUCCUCCCUCCGCUCCCAUAAUCCCUGUGAUCCCAAUCUCACCCGUCCCGGCCGAGACCACUGCCAUCAUUCCUGCACCCGCGUCACAGGCAAGUCCAGCACCGGUGGUGGUGAACACAGAAAGCCUUGACUCCUCACCAUACGUGAAUGGAACAGAAGCUGAUUACGAAUAUGAAGAAAUCACACUUGAACGGGGGAACUCGGGCCUGGGUUUCAGUAUUGCAGGCGGUACCGAUAACCCCCACAUCGGCGAGGACCCAAGCAUUUUUAUCACCAAGAUCAUCCCAGGAGGAGCAGCCGCACAGGACGGCAGACUCAGAGUGAAUGACUGUAUACUGCGGGUGAAUGAUGUAGAUGUGAGAGACGUAACUCACAGCAAUGCCGUGGAGGCGCUGAAGGAGGCAGGCUGCAUUGUCAGACUGUACGUCAGAAGAAGAAAACCCCUCUCAGAAAAAAUCAUGGAUGUAAAGCUGGUAAAAGGUCCUAAAGGUCUAGGUUUCAGUAUAGCAGGAGGUGUUGGGAACCAACAUAUUCCUGGGGACAACAGUAUUUAUAUCACCAAAAUCAUUGAAGGAGGAGCUGCCCAUAAAGAUGGAAGGCUACAAAUUGGGGAUAAACUGUUGGCUGUGAAUGCUGUUUGCCUUGAAGAGGUCACUCAUGAAGAUGCCGUGGCUGCCUUGAAAAACACCCCUGAUGUUGUCUAUUUAAAAGUGGCAAAACCCACUAGUGUCUUUAUGAAUGAUAGUUACGCUCCUCCGGAUGUCACCAGCUCCUACUCCCAGCACAUGGAGAACCAUAUCAGCACCCAAAGCUAUCUGAGUCAGCCAUUAACCCCCGCCACCCCAUCUCGGUACUCUCCUGUCUCAAAAGGCAUGCUGGGAGAUGAUGAGAUCACAAGGGAGCCUAGGAAAAUUGUCCUGCAUCGGGGAACCACGGGACUAGGCUUCAACAUUGUAGGAGGAGAGGACGGAGAGGGAAUCUUCAUCUCCUUCAUUUUAGCGGGAGGCCCUGCAGACCUGUGUGGAGAACUGAGGAAAGGAGACCGUAUCGUCUCUGUAAAUGGAGUGGACCUCCGCAGUGCGACGCAUGAGCAGGCGGCCGCAGCACUGAAGAACGCUGGACAGACGGUCACUAUCAUUGCUCAAUACAGACCUGAAGAGUACAGUCGAUUUGAAGCCAAAAUCCAUGAUCUACGGGAGCAGAUGAUGAACAGCAGUAUUAGUUCAGGCUCCGGCUCAUUGCGGACGAGUCAGAAGAGGACGCUGUAUGUCAGAGCCCUGUUCGAUUAUGACAUAACGAAAGACUCCGGCCUGCCCAGUCAGGGGCUGAACUUCCGCUUCGGCGAUAUCCUGCACGUCCUUAAUGCCUCAGACGAGGAGUGGUGGCAGGCACGGCAUGUGACCACAGAUGGCGAGAUGGAGGAGAUGGGCGUCAUUCCCAGCAAGAAGAGGGUGGAACGAAAAGAAAGAGCCCGGUUAAAGACGGUCAAAUUCAACUCUAAAUCUCGAGACAAAUCGCAGUCACUCAAUGACAAGCGUAGAAAGACCCUGUUUUCGCGAAAAUUCCUUUUCUCCAAGAACAAGGACCCCGGUGAGCAGGACACGAGCGAUGUGGACCAGCAUGUAACGUCUAAUGCCAGCGAUAGUGAAAGUAGUUUCCGUGGACAGGAAGAUUAUGUUCUCUCCUAUGAGACAGUCACACAACAGGAAGUGAGUUACACUCGUCCAGUCAUUAUCCUUGGACCUAUGAAAGACAGAAUCAACGAUGAUCUCAUCUCCGAGUUUCCAGACAAAUUUGGAUCAUGUGUUCCCCACACGACUAGACCAAAGCGAGACUAUGAGGUCGAUGGCAGAGACUACCAUUUUGUGAAUUCACGGGAGCAGAUGGAAAAAGACAUUCAGGAUCACAAGUUCAUCGAGGCCGGACAGUAUAACAACCACCUGUACGGGACGAGUGUGCAGUCUGUGCGAGAGGUUGCAGAAAAGGGCAAGCACUGCAUUCUGGAUGUUUCCGGCAAUGCCAUCAAAAGGCUCCAGUUGGCACAGCUUUACCCCAUAGCUGUAUUCAUCAAACCAAAAUCAGUGGAGAAUAUUUUAGAGAUGAAUAAGAGGUUGAUGGAGGAGCAGGGCAGGAAGACUUUUGACAGAGCUAUGAAACUGGAGCAGGAGUUCCUAGAGCACUUCACCGCCAUUGUUCAAGGGGACACAUUAGAGGAGAUCUACAACCAGGUGAAGCAGAUCAUCGAGGAGCAGUCUGGACCCUUCAUCUGGGUGCCCGUCAAAGAUAAAUUGUGAGAGGGCCGAAGACAAAUAAACCUUCCUUUCUUUUAACUUUUUGUAUUUUUUUUAAUCUUUCCGUCUUCUUUUUUUUUUAAUAUUAACAUGCCCUGCAGAUUGCAUUGGCUUUCCAACCCCUGAGCAUAAGAAAUGCGUUUUCUUUGAAUGGGUUUGGGGUUUUUCCUUUUUCUCUCAUGCCUCUCUUUGAAACUGCUGUCUAGAACUCGCAUCCCAAUCUCCGCAUGUGAUCCUCCACCAGGAGGAGACAUGCUUGACCAGCGACUUACUGGACAGAUUAUACGGUACAGAUUCCUUAAUGUUUAAGGGAGGUGACUUUCUUGAAGGAAAACCAAUGAGUUAAUGCAUUAUACACAUUUUGGUUUGUUCUUCUUUUUUUCCCCCGUAUAUGAUCAGAUGCUUACAUGUCUGUCUGUGGAAAGACAUAAAGCAAAACUUUGCACGUUUUUUUGCAUGUUUGGAUUAUUCUGUUUCAGUUAACAUAUUGUUCUUACGUUUUUAUGACAGACAGAUUUAAACCAUGUGAAUUUCAGCCACCAUAUGACUUUAGUUUUCUUCUAAAAUCAAGCAACCCGUUCACUUUACGCAGCUGAUCUGUUUUUGUCACCAGUGCACAAAGAGGAUGAUUAAAAAAAAUUCAUAUUUGGCACAAAAGUUCUUCUUUUUAUAUUAAAUGUCUAUUUGUCUUAACGAUCUGUGUACAUUUUAAUUAGGGUGCAUCUGGGAGUAGCUUUUAGUGGAGGAAAGGCUUACGAUUAUAUUUCAAAUCCAGGUGACGGCAUAUUCUUACUUCAAGAAACAGCAAUGCAAAUAAGAGAGUAUAAAUUGUAAUGUAUAUUCAACCCUCAGUAUACUGCCUAUUUUGUUAUAAUGAAAGUCUAUAUUGAGCUUUAAUUGAACUCUACACCUAUGGGAAUUAUUUUCUUUAUAAUGUCAAGCAUACACUCGAAUGACUAUGCGUGUAUGUAUAUAAAAUAAAUAUAAAUAGAUAUAUAUAUAUAUAUUUUCCUUUACUUUUACCACCAUCACUUUCGUUGUUUCUGGUUUGUCUUUAUGCAAAAACACUGACACACACACACACACUGGGCUGAAUGGUGGGUUUCCAUUUGCAUCUGCUCCAACAAUAUUAAAACAAAACUCAAGUUGGCAGUUUGUAGUAUUCAGCUCUCUCUCUGUCUCUCGCUCUCUCUCCUGUGUAAUUUUGGCAUAUUUACUUUCUCAUGUGACGUGCAUGAUUUCUAAAAGCAAUAGUCUUCAUCAGCGAGGAGCGGAGGAGAGGGAUUCGGCAUGAACUGUAAACCUGAAAGGCUGUAUGGGAAUUGUUGACUGCCCGUAGCUGAAGAGAGAUUUGCUUUGCCUUUAACUGUCCACUAGGGGGCGCUGACGGUAUCCCCGCUUCAUUUUUUUUUUUUUAAGUUUUACUCGGAGAUGAUUGUUUUCUAAAAGAUUGCUUCUCUAACUUGUCAUCAUGGCUUUCUAACACAUUUUUGACUAGAUGAUGUACAUAAUCUGCCAACUUGAUUCAUUCCAUUUGUCAAAGAGGAGAACAGCUAAUAAAAACUUUUUUUGUCA